AUGCUGCUGUGUCUCACUUCCAUCGAUUCGAAGAAGGCCUUUGACACAGCUGAGGCCGAAGCGGUCAUGGAGGCCUCGGACAACCAAGACGUCCCUACCCCAUACAUAAAUAUACUUUGUGAGUUGCAUAGCAACUUCAUGGCCAAAUGUUCCCCAUUCUACGAUGAUGUCAUAAUCGACGUGGAGAGGUUCGUCAAGGUUGGGCGACGACCUGUGGUGAAAGCUAAGCUCACCGUGGCAUGGCUGCUUAGUUUGGGGAAAAGUCUUUUUGCCACUCCAGCAUAUUCACUGUCUCAGUACCCAGCACACUGGGCCCUGCCGUCUCAUACGUCGGACGGUAUGGCGACCGAUGAGAGACGAUCAAAUCUCAGACUGUGUAAUUACAACGCGAGAACAGUGUCCACAGAGGCUGAACUGCAUGCCCUUCUCGGAGCAGCAGAGCGCGUCAAAUUCCACUCAAUUGCUCUGCAAGAGAUCAACAGCAGAGGGAGCAACGUACGACAGAUGAAUGACAGUACACUCGCCAUUCGUGGAGAGAAAGUUCCGUCGCGAAGUGCGGGCGGAGUUGGUUUUGUUGUGCACCCACCUGUCGUCCAUCUUGUCGAUUCUCACGAGAUCCUGUCACCUCAUCUGGCCAUUCUUCGCCUUCGCCCUCUGCGCCAAAAACCCUUCAGUAUCAUCAAGUACUACUCAACAAUAUCAGCAGCUGAUGAAUCCGAAUUAGACGCGUUUUACGAGGAGCUGGAGGAAGUGAUCCGCAAUGAGAAGUCUUCUACUCAAAUUCGUUGUCGGAGACUUCAACGCAAAACUAGGAAAGGCUACAGAAGAGAAAUACAGGAUCGGAAGAUUUGGACUAGGGGACCAGAAUGA